UACACUUACUGUUACAGUUAGUCGAUCCGUGCCCAAACACCCCCAUCCGUCAGCAGACAGAAUCUGGUCUGCGACUCUAGAAACAGUACACCCACUCUAUUCGAACAAGUGAACAACACAUUCGUACUCACAAUCCAAAAAGAACGUGGGAUACUCUACGCAUUGCCAGUACAGAAUGAGUGAAGAAUGCUUGACCGCGUACGCACGGGAGGCUGUCGCUGCCUAUCCCGACAGCGACAUUGAAAUUGCCAUUGAUUUUUGCCAAAAGGCUGUCGCUGAGUUCGUCGGCACUUCGAAUGAUCGGCUCGUCAAAGUAGGACGCAGUUUGAAGUCCCUGGUCGAGUUAUCGGCCGAGAAAGAGGAUGAAUUCCAGAUCGAAGAGGCUUUGCGCCUGCUCGUCAGCGAAUGUAAGUUGCUCGUGUCGGAAAAGCUAAAAGUCCCCAAAGUCCCCUUUGGAAAAACACAACUUGCAAUGCCAAUCGUUACGCUGGGAUGCAUGCGUUUUCAACAAGAGUGGAUGCCGCGCAUUACAAACAUGAAUCAAGUUGGCUCGGAUUGCCAGGACAAUCUGGUGGCCAUUUUGAAGCAGGCCAUCUCGUACGGGAUGACACACAUCGAGACGGCUCGCGGAUACGGUUGCAGUGAACUGCAGCUCGGUACAGCCUUAAAACAGCUCUUUUUGACCAAGUACGUGACGCGGGAAGAUCUGAUUAUUCAAACCAAAAUUCCCCCGCACGAAAAAGUUAGCGACUUUCGAGCCGCCCUCGAAACGUCCUUUCGUUCUUUACAAUUGGAUUACAUCGACCUUUUUUCCUUCCACGGUUUGAAUUAUGAGGAACAAAUAAAAUGGACGUUAAAAGGGGACGAGAAUUGCAUGGUGGUGGUGAAAGAGUAUAUGGAGGCGGGCAAAAUUCGACAUGUUGGAUUCAGUACUCAUGCUUCGACCACAUUCAUUCUGAAACUUAUUGAUAUGGAUGUGUUCGAAUACGUCAACCUGCACUAUCACUACUUCGGGUCCUACACGGCAUCUGGUGGUGGCCACGAUGGGAACGGAAAUCUGGACUGUGUCAAGUUUUUAACACAAAAGAAUAUGGGCAUAUUUAUCAUUUCACCCUUCGACAAAGGAGGUCGAUUGUACGCACCUUCCAACAAACUCCGUUCGUUAACGCUGCCCGAAAUGGAACCUAUGGAAUUCAAAUCACAAUGGAUUUGGAAUCACAACACGCUGUACGACGGUAAUGGGCCAAUUCUGCACACUUACACCGUCGGUGCUGGACGACCGUCCGAUCUGGACCAAUCUGCUGUAGCCGCAUACCGACACGUGCACCAGCAUGAGGCUACCGUAGAUAAACUUCGCACCGUUGUAGAGCGCUUGGAUCGUGCCAAGGAGGAAGCUUUAGGUGCAGAAUGGAUCAACACGUGGUGGCAGGGACUGCGAAAAGCAGAACAGUCUAAUCAUUUUGUCGAGCACAAUCAGAUUGUCUGGUGCUACAAUCAAAUUUUGGCUUUUGGCCUAUAUGACUUUGCCAAAAAUAGGUAU